AUGGUAUGCUAUCAGUAGUAACAACAAUAAAAACUCGGUGUUAACUAUUUUAAAAAAUAAAAUAUAAUUGUCUUUUUGGAUGCAUCUUCUUUUACAGUUUUACACUUAAAUAGUUGCUAAUUUUAAUCAUAAAGUCUUAUGGGAAUUAAAUUUAUCACUUAAGGAUAAGAAGAAACUUAUAAUAAUUAGAAUAUAAUUUUAAUAGAUGAUUCAGAUUUGUUAAUUUUUAUUUCACUUGAAGGUUUAGAAGCUUAUUAAUUUUCUACGUUAAACUAUUUACUCACUUACAAUUAUGUUAACAUUGACAAGUAAAACUUAAUCAAAGGAUUUAUUAUUGAAGAAUCAAACGAAAUAAUUUUUACUAACAUUCAGGACUCAUUUGUGAUUUAUGAUUUAAGCACAUCAUUGUUUUAUAAUCCAAAUGAUAUAGAUUUAUCUACUGAAAAUAAUUUCUUGUAUUUCUAGGAUUUGAAUGCUGUUGCAUAACUCAAUUAGAAUUCAGGGAGUGAAUACCAUAUUAUAGAUAUUUAAAGCUAUUAGUAUAAUGUUUACAAACUUUUAUAUAGAUGUUUAUAGCUCAAGCAUUAUGGUAUGAAUGUUUAUUGCUUAAAUGAAAAAUCAGAUAUUUACAAACUUAAUAAUUCAAAUUUUAAUUUUGACUUAAUUACUUAAAAGCCUUCAAGUUAAGCUAUAAUAGACAUCCAAAUAAUAUCUGAAGAUUAUAUUAUAAUCGAGUAUAGUAACAAAUAUUUUAGUAUUUUUUAGAUAUCUAGUUCAUAAGUAUCUAAUUUUAUUGAUACAAUUUCUCAUCCUUUCAAAAUUACUUCAAAGAAAUCACAAAACUUAUAAAUUUAAAAGAUUUUUGAGAAAUAAAUUACUGAUACAAUUUAAUCAUUUGUAAUAAUUAAAGGUAAAAUAGCAUAUCUAUUAAUUUACUCUACUAAUUAGAAUAGUUUUGUUAUCGAUAUAAAAUAAAAUGCUUAGCUUGCAACCAUUUAAAAUGCAGCUCAAUAUUACUAAAAAAUAAUAGAAGAUAGCAAAUAUAUCUAUCUUAUUGGAGUAGCUAAUUUCAUUCUUUAUGAUAAAAAUACAUUUCAAAGAAUUAAUUAUUACAAAAUUAAUUAAUUUAUGUUCUCUAAUGUUAAUGAAAUAUUAUAUUUAGAAUAGGAUUAUUUUAUAAUAUUAUUAAAAAAAGGAAUUUAGCUUAUCUAAUUAAACUUACAAAGCAAUAAACUAAUUUAAACUUUUAACAAUCUUAAUAAUCCUAAAAUAUUUAAGAUAGAUAAAAUAUAUAAAUAAGAAUAGUUAUUUGAAAUAAUAGUUUAUGGAAAUACAGAUGCGAAUUUAUUUAAAUUAUAUAUAAAUCUAUUUGAUAGCUUGAUAGAUUCUAAAGAGGUUAGCUUAGAAAUAAGAGAGAAGCAAAAUUCAAUAUUGUCAAAUUAAUACCAUUAUUAUUUAUAAACAGAAGUCUAUAAAUAGAAGAAAUUAAUAGGGUAGUAUGUCAUCUCAUUUGAUUAAUAAAAAUAAAAUAUGGGAGUCAUUCCUAUUUACUAUAAUUAAAUAUUUACAAAUUAGACAUAGCUUCAAAUAUAAUCUACUAUUGAUAAACUUUAUAUUAUGCCAACUUAAAAGUUGUUAUUAUUAAACCAAAUUUACAACAUCAAAAAAUUGAUAUUUGAUAAAGUUUAUUUUAAAUUCUUCAAUGACACUCAAACUUUAACAAUAAAUGAUUGUAAAGAAUUAAUUUGGUAAGAGGUAAUUAUACAAAAUUAAACUUUAUAAAGAAAAUAAAUUCCACUCUCUAUUUAAAAUAUUUAUCAAAUUAAAAUUGAUAAAUUAAUAAUUUAGAACUUAUAAACAUUGUCGACUUUAGAUAAACUAACCUUUAUUAAUAUUAAUAACAUAAAAAUUAAUAAAAUUCUUAUCAAUAACUCAACAUUAUCUUGGAAUUUUUUAGAAUUCUAAAAUUGCUCUAAUAUUCUAAUCUAAGAAAUAGUUAUUAAUAAUUCUUAUAUUUAAAAAGGUAGUAUCUUCUAGUUCUAAAAUAUUGAUAUAUUAACUAUCCAAGCAUUUAAUGCAGAGCAAAAUCAAAAUUUCAAUAAUAAUUAAAUCAUAAAUUCCUCCAAUAAAUAGAAUAAUAACAAUAAUUAAGAUGAUGAAAUUUACUUUAUUAAAAUUCAAGGAUGCUUUGAUUGCUAUUUUUACAACUUUAAAAUUAAGUCUUGCUAAAAUAUAGGAAUUUUAAGCUCUGUACAUUCUUUAAGUAACAUCAAAAACCCAGAAUUUAACAAAUUUAUUAUGGUGUAAAACUUAUUUAUUAGCAAUUAAGUUUAUAAUCAAGACUACAAAUUUAUAUCGAUAAUUGCUUAUGGAAUUUAAUUAGACAAUUUUAUCGUAUAAAAUUCAGAAUUUAAAACUAACUCAAUAUAUUUAGAGCCAAAUGAAUAAGGAGUUAUAUAAAACUCUAUUUUUAAAAAAAUAAAUUUAUCAAGUGGUUCUUUAUUUUAUAUUUAAGGUGGUGAUAUGCUUAUGAAUAAUUGCACCUUUUAGAUGAUAUAUUCUCAAGUAACAGCUGUUGUUUCUUCUUUGAAUACAUAAACUCUGAUAAUAAAAAAAUCAAACUUUAUAGAUAUCUCUUGUAAAUCUACAAAUAAUAAUACUUAAUGCUUAGGAGGAUCUCUUAAUCUGUAAUAAAUAAAUAAAAUUUUUAUUAUAGCUGAUUAUUUUUAAAACUCAUACUCUUUAGAUAAUGGAGGAGCAAUCUAUAUAGAUAACUAAAAUAAUUAUAUGAUAUAGAUUAAUGACACUAAUUUCCAUAAUUGUAAGGUAAAAAGAGGUUCUGGAGGAGCUGUUUAUAUUUAAUAAUCACUAAAUAUAAGUAUUUAGAAUACUACUUUCUUAAAUAAUAGUGCUCUCUAAGAAAAAGGAGGGGCUUUAGCUUUAUAAUUCUCUAACUUAUUAUACUUAAAUAAUUCAACAUUUACAAAUAACUAAGCAUAAAUAGGCGGAGCAAUAUGGUAUGGACCUUAUAAUUAAACCUUUUUGCAUGAUUAAUUACAGUUUCAGAAUAAUUAUUUUAUCAAUAAUAAAGGAUUUUUUUAUGGUGAAGAUAUAGGUUCAUAUCCCAUGAAAAUUCAAAGAGUAUCAUAAAAUUAAUCAUAUAUAUAUACUAAUAUUAUAGAAGAUAUUUCAAGUGGAAAUUUAAUUGAUGAAGAAAUUUACUUCACGUUUAUUGACGAGUAAAACAAACCAUUAAAUUUCACAAGCUAUUAAUAGUAUCCUUAAUCUCUAGAAAUAUAAAAUGAAAUGGAUAAUUACUUUUUGUCAGUAUAAUAGGAUUAAAAUGAAAAUAUUAUUAUUAAGUAAGGAUAAACAUUACUAAAAUAGAACUAACUAGGCAUAUUUUAGCUAUUGAUGUCUUCUUCAUACAAAAAUAAUAAAUAAUAAUCAAUAUUAAUCCACUCAAAUCCCCUUAACAAUUAGAAAUAGCUCUCAUAUAAUCUCAUUCUGAAAUUUAGAAACUGUAUUAAAGGCGAAAUCUAUUCAUCAAAUGAUGACGGUUUUAUAGAAUGCAAAUAAUGUUCAGAGGGAAAAUAUUCACUAGAAUAGCCACAAGAAGUAAAUAUAAACGAGUUGAAUUGCUUGCCUUGUCCUGAAGAAGCAAUUAAAUGCUUUAAAGAUACUAUAAUUCUCAAAGAUGGAUAUUGGAGAGAAUCAGUUCUUAUUGAUUAAAUAUAUUAAUGCUAGUCUUAUGGCUGUUCAGAAACUUAAACAGAUACUUUUGAUAGGUGUUUAAAAGGUUAUUUAGGACCUCUAUGUGAUUCUUGUGAUGGGUCAAAGUAAAUUUGGGGUUAAUAAUAUGGAAAACAGGGUAAAUAUUGUCUUUUAUGUAAAGAAAUAAAAUUUUAAUACAUUUAUUUUUCAAUUAUACUGAUUUCUUAUGCAAUAUACCUUUUGAUAUGCAUACAAGAUUUAGUAGAAUAAAAUAUUUUAAUAGUCAAAUUAAUAUUGCUUAAAAAAAUAAAUGUGUUACUCACAAGUAAGUCUAUUUCUUAAGGCGAAGCAGUUACUAUAUGGAUGAAAAUCUUUAUUCAUUAUAUCUAAAUCAUUUCCUUGAUUUUCUCUUUAUAAAUUAACUUUCCUUUUGAAUUAAGUGCUCCAAUUCAAUCUUUUGGAGAUCCCCUAAAUUUAACAAUUACAAGUUUAGAUUGUUUGAUACUAACAAAUUAGUAAUACCCAAUUUGGCUUCACAGAAUAGUUACUUAAAUAGUUAAUUUGAUUAUAUAGUACAUAAUUGUGACCCUAUUUUAUCGCUUUUUCUAUAUUUAAAGAAAUUAUAAGUAAUAUAUAAAGAAAAAAUUAUAGAAAAUUUGUCUUUAAACCUCAUUCAUGAUCUUUUACUUAUUUUAUUAGCCUUCAAUAUCAAAUCUAAUAUUUUCAGGUAUAUUUUGUAGAUAAAUUGGCGAUAAAUAUUACUUAAUUUAAGAUCUAAGUUAGCAAUGCUACACAAAUACUCAUAUGAUAAUAUUAUUUUCAAUAAUUAUUCCACUUUGCUUAUUAUGGUGCUUUAUAAUUCCAUUACUUAUCUACAGAUAGCUAAAUAAAUUAUAAUCAAAUAUGGAUGAAGUCAAAAAUAUUUAAAAAAGAAUAAUCUAUUCAGUAUUUUAUUAAGGCUAUAAAAUAGAAUGUUUUAAUUGGGAAAUUAUAAAAAUUUUCUAAAAGUUUGCUAUGAUGAUAGUAAUAAACUCAAAUUUUAGUGAUGCAAUAAAAAUAACAUUCAUAAUAAUUAUUUUAUUACUUUAUACAAGUUACUUGACUUUUAAAAAACCUCACUAAAACAAUUAGAUAAUGAGUUGUGAAAAAAUUAUGAUGUUAAUUCUGAAUUUUAACUUUGUUUUUUUGCUAAUGAUAAUAACAUAAAGUUAGCCAUCUUACUAUCUUAUCAUUAUAAGUUACUUUGCGAUCAUACUUUUAAAUAUUAUUUUUUUAGGAAUAUUUAUAUCGCUAUUAACUAAUUCAUUGGUGAUUAGAUUAAAUGAUCAGAAUACUAUUUCUAGUAAAAUAAAGAGAGCUCUUUUUAGAUUAUUAAAAAGUUGCCCAUCAUUUCUUAAAUUUAUAAAAUUUAGGCAAGUAAAUUAAUAUAAAAUAAAUAGAUUUUGGAAACUUUUGAAAAGUUCAAUUUAUGCCAAUCAAUAUAAUAUUAUCAACAUAAAUAGUAAUUAAUAAAUUAGUUAUAGAUAGUAAUCUUAUAAAAACAUAUUUACUUCUAAACAUAAUCUUAAAUAAGCAUAACUUGAGUAAUAAUAGUAAAACUAUUUAUUUAGCUCAGAAUAAAUUGAUGAAAAGGUAAAACUACUAUUGAUAUUUUCAUAUUUAAAGAAUUAAUUUUUAAUAAUAGGCAGGUAACAAUACUGA